AUGAUAAUUUUUAAAUUUAUUUUGACAUUUAUGUUUCUUAGUGGAUUAAUAAUAUUUAGUCUUAAACGUAAGCAUUUACUGUUAAUAUUAUUGAGACUGGAAUAUGUUGUACUGUCACUUUACUUAGCGAUAUUUUUGUAUUUAAGAAUAUUGGGGAAUGAAUAUUUUUUUUCAAUGAUUUUUUUAACUUUUACUGUUUGUGAGGGGGUUUUGGGUCUUUCUAUUUUGGUUUCUCUUAUUCGUAGUCAUGGAAAUGAUUAUUUUCAGAGAUUUAGGGUUUUAUGAUAA